GGUGGUGGAGGUGGCAUGCGUAUUGGCAGCAGCUGGAGGUGGCAACUUUCCCGGGCCAUGCGACUAGCACUGCGCUGGUGCCGGCUGUGUCGUCCGUCGACCAGAGGAGGCCGAGGCGGGGGAGGCAAAGGGUGGAUAAGCGGCAGGUGUUCGGAGCUGUGGAGCUACAGCAAGCUGCUGCUCAAAUCACUGUACUUCAACAGCCUCAAUAACUCGGACACCCUGCUGGACUGCGUGUUCGAGCCCGUCUACUGGAUCGUGGACAAUGUCACUCGUUGGUUUGGAGUGGUGUUCGUCUGUCUGGUCAUCCUGCUGACCACUUCGGUCGUGGUCAUUGUCUACCUGUUCGUGCUGCCCACAAUCAUCAGCUCCUACCCCGUGUACUGGAUCGUGUGGCACAUCUGCUGCGGCCACUGGCUUCUGGUCAUGGUGGUCUUCCAUUACUACAAGGCCACCACCACUUCUCCAGGGCAUCCACCCAAGGACAAAGUUCACAUUCCUUCAGUGGCCAUCUGUAAGAAAUGUAUCACUCCAAAGCCGCCCAGGACGCACCACUGCAGCAUCUGCAACACGUGCAUUUUGAAGAUGGACCACCACUGUCCUUGGCUGAACAACUGCGUGGGCCAUUUCAACCAUCGCUACUUCUUCUCCUUCUGCCUCUUCAUGACGAUGGGCUGCGUCUACUGCAGCAUCAGCAGCAGGGCCUUGUUUCUGGAGGCCUACAGUGCUGUCGAGAGUUACUAUCAGACCCCUCCUCCACCUUACACCUCCACAGAGACAACCGCCCACAAGUGUGUCAUCUUUCUCUGGGUGCUGACCAGCUCGGUGGCUGUAGCUCUGGGAGGUUUGACCCUGUGGCACACCAUUCUGAUCAGCAGAGCAGAGACCAGCGUGGAGCGCCACAUCAACCACAAAGAGACCAGAAGGUUAAAGGAAAAGGGAAAGGCGUUCAGAAAUCCGUUUCACCACGGUCAUAUCAACAACUGGAAGUUACUGCUUGGUGUGGAGAAAAGGAGUCACUGGUUCACCCGGGUCCUCCUGCCCUCCAGUCACCUUCCCAACGGGGACGGCAUCAUGUGGGACUGCACCUACAUCAGAAGAGACCCCAUGGCCAUCUGACCCUCACCCUAUUAACUCUCAACCAUAUCAAGAACCUUUAACCUGCAUUUUCACUACAAGCAACGUGGCUGAUGUGUCGCACUGUUGUGACCGGCGAGGGACUACAAGGGUCUCUCGUGGUCCGCCGCUACAAUCGCUUGGAUGGAAAGGAAAAAGAAGCUUUGUAGUUAAACAGGUCUACAGUUUUUUUGCGGCGUUGUAUUUUUACUGUUAGAUGUGUGAGCCCACAUGGACAUAACCACUCGUGAUUCAUCGAGAAACCUCCUUCAUCCUCUUAGGUGUGCUAUCAUCUCCUAGACUAUCGACAUUGUGGUGUAAUUGCACACCUGUCCAUCAGCCGACAUCAUCCUUAAACUGAUUUCUAAAAAGAUGCUGCUGGCCGGCGUCUUUUCAAGCCUGCACCUCUUUCUUCUUCUUUUAUGCCUUUGUAAAGGCUGGACAAAGAAUUUUUGUGCUUUUUUUGGGGGCUGCACAUUUUGCACCAAUCUUACAGCCUCUUACAACAAGUGUAUAAAGCGGAAGGAUGUAUAGAGGACAAAGCAGUAUGGAAGACCAUUGCUGACUUUCCAAAGGGUCAUUGAGUAGUGACAACACUAGCUGGUCAAUAAAGGUGCUAUGUGUUGCAUUUUUAAAUGUCAAUAAUAGCAUACUGUAAUCUGGCCCCUUACUGUAAGUGUAAUGAACAACAUCAAAUUAGGAGAAAUAGGAAAUGAUUAAUAGCUGCUGAGUUGUUCCAGUGGUAUGUUAAUGCUGUCGUUUUAUUCUAACCAUGCUAGUGAUGUGGCUCAAGGGCUGGCAGCUUCAGUCUGUUGGGCCGCUACUUUGGUCCAGACUGAAACAACUACUAGAUGGACUGUGUAUACGUGGACAUUUAUAGCCCUCAGAUGAUGUAACCUAAUGACUCUCCUUGACUUUUCCCUUUAAAGCCACCAUGAAGGUUUUCUCUGAAGCGAGCGACAAAUAUUCAAUAGGAUCCCUAGAGGAUACAUUUCUAAUGAGCAUGGUGAUCCCCUAACAUUUGCUCUCAGCACCGCCAUGAAAUCAAUGUCUUUGGUUUUGAGUGAACUUGACUAUUUGGUGGAUUGCUAUGACAUUUCCUUCAGAUAUUCAAGGUCUUUAAAGGAUGAAUAAAUUCAAAUAACAUUGAUAAUCCUUUGACUUUUUAUCAAGAGCCAUCAUAAGGUCAAAUGAUUAAUUUUGGUGUGUGACUAAAUACCUACAAAACUAAUGAGCCUCAGCUGUACUUUGUGUUUGGUGCUAAUCGUCAAAUAUUAGCAUGCUAACAGGCAAAACUAAGAUGGUGAACUUUGUAAACAUUAACUUCUAUGAUGUUAGCAUUUAUCUUAAAGCUAAACUACAGUGCCAAAGUACAGCCUCAAAGAUCCAUUCAAAAUUAAGACGACAUUUCCCAGAAGCCCAAUACUGUCAACAACUGUCUUUCUGGAAACUCAAUAUCUGUGGCCUCUUCAGCUUCAUUUCCUCCAGGGGAACAGGGUUCUUCUAUUUUGUGCAGAUGACAUGUUAAAUGUAGAUCUGAGGCAGAUAGAGGUGACAGUCUUCUCAGGGAUGGGUCUCAUUUGUUUACAUGGUUAUAAUGUGCACAUGACUCACUUAUGAUAAAAAGCAAAACAUAGCACCUUUUAAGAGCCGAUACUUGACCCUUGAAAAUAUGUUUAGUCAGGGGUCAAAAGCCUCUUACCAUAACUGUUAAUGUGUCUUGAGAUAAGGACAAAUCCAAGUUGGUUCUUAACCUAUUUCCAAUAUAUAUGUUUUUAGUCUUCUAUAAAUAUCCUAAUGAUUUAUAGUAAUUUUCUUAAAUCUGGUUUUAAAGUUUAAUACUCUGCAUGUUUAAUCCUUCAGCGAGUCACAGUGAAGUAUUUCUGUGCUGUGGAGACUUUACUGACGUGGUUGGGAACCACUGAUCUGAACUGAUGAUCUGGUGCCAAAGAAGAAGGAAAAACCAACAUAUUGAUCCACAGCACUCAUUUUUAUCACCUUUACCAUUGUUGUGUGCCUUGUUAAGAUGUACAGCCUUUAAAUUAAAGACAAUUUAAUAAGGUGACACAUGGCACUGUGAAAUAUAACUCCAGAUUUUGUAUUCCCUUUUGAGACAUUUCACUCAAGUAUGAUCUCAUACCAGUAACUUGAUGGAUGAGUUGGAUCUGUAGUUGCCAUAGGAACAUGACAUACAGCUGUGACAUUAUUUGUAACCAAUGGGAGCUGUGCUCUAGUUUUAUUUGUCUUUCUUUUUAUUUUU